CCCCCCCCCCUAUCCGAUCACCGGAAUUCACACGGGACUCUCAUUCUCCAUAAUGUUGGUCUUCAAGAAAAUGGCGACUAAAGACCCAGAACUCCUAGCACCUCUCCCAGAAUUCCCUGCUGGGGGGGGGGACGCUGUAAGAUGUGAAGUCACCUGAGCUACAGGAAGAGACUACCAACCCCCACCGUCCAACACCGACCAUCACAGCAUGGACCCCGACAGCAAGAAGAUCCUUCACCUCACACUGGAGAUCCUCUACCUGCUGACCGGAGAGGAUUACAUUAUUGUGAAGAGGUCAGGUGAUCAUGUCCCACCAAUCAGGAAGACUCGUAUCUCGGCCUCCAAUCCUCUGUCAGAGCAGAAAAUCCUGGAACUGAUUCAGCAAAUCACAGAGCUGCUGACUGGACGGGGAUCUUUAGAAGACGAAAAGGAAAUGACUUGUCCCCGCCCCCUUGUGUCACAUGGUAUGAUGGGUAUUGUCGUCUUUAUCUUUUUGGAGU